AAGUUGAGCUAUCUGAGAAUUGCAUUGCACCGUCAUUGAAAACUCAUCUUCCGGUAGCUUAAUGGCGAAACUUUUGUUCUUCCACUGGACAGAAGAAUGUUCAUGGAAAUUUUGAAAGGUUAUGAGAUACCAAUAUCACUCAAAAUGAAUGAAGUGUAAUUGGCUGAAUGAUUCAUUGUAUUUUCGGUGUUGGUUUCAACUUACGCUGGUACAUUAUUCUACUCUGCAACAAGGAAAUCUAUUUGAUAUUUUUUGCAUUCUGAAUCUAGCAGUGGCCAGUAUGCAAAUCUUACCGGCAAUAGUUUUAACAUAAAUAUGUAUGUAGUGAUGGAUAUGAGUCAAGCCAAUAGCCAUUGACAUAAGUUGACCUAUGAUGUCGUUCACUUUAUGCAAUUCGGGAAUACAUACAGAUAGUUAUAUGGUGGAUGCCGUUAGUUUAUGGAUGUGUCCCCGGUCCAGUUAAAAUGAUACGCUAAUUGCCCAUGUCCAAACUUGCAAGUAAUAAUAUUCCAUCAGUAGAUUGAAUAUCAGUUUUUGAGGAUCCAUUCUUUGCUGGCUUCUCUGUUGAUGUUCUCUUCUGUUGGAAUUUGCUGAUGAUUUAUUCAUACUUGUUGUCUUGUUGGUCUAGGGAGUCUCAGCUUUCGAAGGUCUCCUGCCAUUAGUACUGAAACAUAGAGUAUUGUCUUCUAUUCGAUUCGAUGUGAGGUGAGGUGAGGUGAGUUGAGAGUCUCAUCAGCUCGAGUCUGUAAAGCAAUCUUAAUGCAUUGUACCCAGGUUCCUAACCCAUCCAGAGUAGAUAUUCUUUCUUGGAGAACAAAAUUUACUCUCCAACUUGGGCGUAUGUGGCAACAUAAAAGCAAUCGGAACGGCUUCGCUUGCACCAGUCUUUCAAGAACUCUGCGAUCAAGUUACCCAAUCGAUGGAGAAGAAUCGCAAGUUCAAAACUCUCUUGGGCUACUUGCAGUGCUCGCUCAACUCCGUGAAAGAACGAAUCAUCCAACCUAUAGAAGAAAAGCCCGAGAAUUUCCCAGAUGAACAAAUUGAAAGUUUGAUGAUACUAGUGCAGAAGGGCCUAAAGCUAAUAACUGAGAAGUUCUCCAAGCUCCGACGUUGGGACCUCUAUUUCUGCAUGGAUGAUCACACCGUCGAACUUCUCGGUUUGGAUAGUGUUCUCAGAGAGCUGAUGGAGCAGUUUUGGGUAAUGGAGUUACGUGAUGUGAAUGACAUCAGAGGCUAUAUGCAAUACUCGAUGAGCCCCGAAGUGUACAACUUGUUGAAUGAAAAUCUUCAGAGAAUCGUAGAUACUUUUGAGAAGGCAUGGGAGUCGGAUACCAUGGCUCCGGAGGAGCCAAAUCAUGAAGAGGAAGAAGGAAUGGAACAAGCAACGCUGUUGGUGUUUGAGACAUUGUUUGAAACGGUCCAUGAAGUGUUGAACAAGAAGAAGACGCCUGUGAUGUUUGAAUUGCUGCUUGGCGAUAUUUUUGACAGACUCUUAUUGUUGAAACCCUUUAUGGAAAAGAAGGCAAAAGCAUUUGAUGGCACAGACGAGGAACUAAGAAAUUUCAAAGCAAAGAUGGUGAAAGGGGUGGAGAUUGUUCGCAAGAGCUCUGGGUUUGGUAUGUGGGGUGGCUACAAUAAGAGAAAGUAUGAGUGCAUCAACAACCUACUCGGACUGAAUCAAUCUCUUGAAAGACUAUUAUGUAUAACGAGAUGGGUGGAGGCAAGGAAGGCGAGGCAUUACUUGCUUUUCCUGAAAUAUUUGAAAACGGCUUCCAAUGAAUUAAAAAGCAGUUAUCUGGUGCAGAAUCAAACUGAGAGAGCUGAUGGCAAAGAAUGCGAGGAAGGCCUAAUUGAAAGCAGUGUUGUGGUGCAGGAUCAAGCUAAGAGGAAGGCCUUGGCUUUUAGGAUGAUGGUGGAGACGGCUAAUGAAAUUAAAUGCAGUGGUACGAGUGGUGCAGAAUCAAACUCUCGGUUUGCUGAUUUAAUGUGAUCAAAGUGUCAAUGGUAGUGGACUUCCAUAGCUAGUUUUUUUUUUUUUUAAUGAUUUCUGCAUGUCUUUAUACUGCAGCUAUGCAUUGUGUUAGCACUAUCAGUUUGGUCAGUGAUAAUUUUGAUUCUAUCUUUUGGUUUUCUUUAGUACAUGUGUUCAGUUUGCUUAAAUAUAGUGAUUUGCUCAAAUUUUGAGCCUUGGCUUGGAAUUUUUAUGA